GGUCGAGAUCAUGCACGGCGUUUCGAAAUUAUUGGCUUUGUGCAGCCUGUUGGCCUUGGCACUGCCCGCGCUUGCCGAAGUAGGCUGGUGGCGCACGGCACAGUUCUAUCAGAUCUAUCCAAGGUCCUUCAAGGAUAGCGAUGGCGAUGGCGUCGGUGAUUUAAAUGGUAUUACGCAACAGCUGCCGUAUUUGAAAGAGAUCGGAGUGACUGCCACUUGGCUAUCGCCAAUCUUCACCUCACCCAUGGCCGAUUUCGGCUAUGAUGUCGCCAACUUCUUCGAAAUAGAUUCCACAUUCGGCACGAUGGAAGAUUUUGAAGCUUUGCUGCAACGCGCACAGCAGUUGGGCAUCAAGAUUAUAUUAGACUUUGUUCCCAACCACUCGAGCGAUGAGUGCGAGUGGUUCAAGCGCUCAGCUGCCGGCGACGAAGAGUAUAAAGACUUUUAUGUGUGGCAUACCGGCAAAGUCGUGAAUGGAAUACGUGAACCACCAAACAAUUGGAUCAGUGUUUUCCGGGGCUCGCAGUGGACCUGGAACGAUGAACGACAGGCCUACUACUUACACCAGUUCCAUCACAAGCAGCCGGACUUCAACUACCGCAAUCCAAAGGUAAUCGAAGCCAUGAAGGAUGUGCUGCGCUUCUGGCUGCGCAAAGGUGUCUACGGCUUCCGCGUCGAUGCUGUGCCACACGUGUACGAGGUCGAGGCCGACGAAAAUGGGGACUUCCCCGAUGAGCCGCGCAACGAGUGGAACAACGAUCCGGAGGACUACGGCUACCUAGAUCACAUAUACACCACGCAUCAGCCAGAGACCAUUGAAUUGGUCUACAUAUUCCGCGAAAUCAUGGAAGAAAUCGACGCUGAGCUAGGUGGAGAUGAUCGCGUGCUGCUCACCGAGGCCUAUGGGCCCUUGGACGUGCUGAUGCAGUACUAUGGCAAUGAAACUGCCAGAGGAUCGCAGAUUCCCUUCAACUUUGAGCUCCUCUCAAAUCUGAACAACAACUCCAAUGCCUAUCACUACUCUGAGCUCAUUCAUAACUGGCUGGACAAAAUGCCGGAGGGACAAGUCGCCAAUUGGGUGCUGGGCAAUCACGAUCAGAGUCGCAUUGGCUCCCGCCUAGGUGCUGAUCGCAUUGAUGCCAUUAACAUGAUGCUUCUCACAUUGCCCGGCAUCAGUGUUACCUAUCAGGGCGAGGAGUUGGGCAUGACCGAUGUGUUUAUCAGCUGGGAGGAUACUGUAGACCCACAGGCCUGCCAAUCGAAUGAAGAAGAAUUCGCUCAUCUCUCACGUGAUCCUGUUCGCACACCUUUUCAGUGGAGCGACGAGGCCAACGCCGGCUUCACUAGCGGCCCAAAUACGUGGUUGCCCGUAGCUACGGACUUCAACCUGGUCAACGUGAAGCGGGAACGAAGCAUCCCACUUAGUCAUCUGAACAUCUAUAAGCAGUUGCGUUCUUUACGCGAUGAGCCAACCUUGAAGCAGGGAGAUGUGGAUGUCACGGCAAUCAGUCCCAACGUAUUGGCCAUCAAACGCUCACUGUCUGGUUAUAGCUCCUACAUAACCGUUAUCAAUGUCAGCGAUGACGUGGAGACUGUUAGUCUGGAUUCUGUCUUUCCACUGCUCUCGACCAAACUCCGAUAUGUUGUAGUUAGUGAUAAGAGCAUUCGACGGACGAACGAUGAAACUUUUGCCAACUCUGUGCUUUUAUUGCCAAAGGAAGCUGUUGUCCUCAGCACUAUCUGACUGAGUUGUUAAAUUAAAUUAUUUUGUAAAUAAUAGUAACAAAUACAACCAAAAACUAGGCCUCACACUGUAGCGAUUAUUUCAAAGUUCAAGUUCCUCUUGGCACACUGGAUAAGGCGACUAUGUGCCGUGCAGAUGAUUGUAAAACGUGAAAGCAAAGAGAUUGUUCAGCUGUAAUCUUUAUUGGGCUCGUCAAAAAACUAUGUAAAUAAAACACAGGGCAUUGCCAUAAAACCA